GGGUGGCGAGGCCGUGGGGGUCCGAACAGCGAAGAUGCGCCAGUCGUGGAAAGAGCCGAGCCCCCUCUGGACUGCAAGCUCCGUCUCCCUGGCAACGGCCUCGGCCCUGGGGGCGGGCGGGAGGAGGAGAAACCUCGCGCCGUGGUCCUCCCACGGUGGCCUCUCGGUGGCCCGGCCCGGAAGGCUCUGCGCAGGCGGCUGCGGAGGCCGGAGCCUAGGGUCGGGACCUAGGAGGAGGGAUCGAUCGGCGUGCAGGCCGCUUGGCGAGGGCCGGCUGGACAGCUCCUUUCCCACCAGCCGGUCCGAAAGGACGCCUGGCGGGCUUCCGGGGAGAGGGCCCGCAUCACCAACCCGCUACUCGCACCUUUAUUUUUUUGCCCCGGCCCUGCGUGGAGUGUUUUGGCGGAUGUUUUUGAAUGAAUGAAUGUCACCGGAGCUCUUCCAGCCCCUCACUCCGCCAGCCUUUCUAAGGGUGUCAGUGGCAUAGUGAAAGGAGUGCUAAAUUGUUGGGAGACCUGGGUGUUUCCCCCCAAGACCUUGAAAGGACAGUAUUCCAAAUGUCCCAGUUUAAGCGCCAGAGGAUCAACCCACUUCCAGGGGGACGGAACUUCUCAGGCGCUGCUUCAACAUCUCUUCUGGGCCCUCCUCCUGGUCUGCUUACUCCUCCUGUGGCCACAGACUUGUCCCAAAAUGCCAGGCAUCUUCAGAGUGGGGAGAAGCAGCGCGUCUUCACUGGCAUUGUUACCAGCUUGCAUGACUACUUUGGGGUGGUAGAUGAAGAAGUCUUUUUUCAGCUAAGUGUGGUGAAGGGCCGACUACCCCAGCUGGGUGAGAAGGUGCUGGUGAAGGCUGCAUAUAACCCAGGCCAGGCAGUACCCUGGAAUGCUGUCAAGGUGCAGACGCUCUCCAACCAGCCCUUACUGAAGUCGCCAGCACCUCCCCUUCUUCAUGUGGCAGCUCUGGGCCAGAAGCAAGGGAUCCUGGGAGCUCAGCCCCAGCUGAUCUUUCAGCCUCACCGAAUUCCCCCACUUUUCCCUCAGAAGCCUCUGAGUCUCUUCCAGACAUCCCACACACUUCACCUGAGCCACCUGAACAGAUUUCCUGCUCGGGGUCCGCAUGGAAGGCUGGACCAGGGCCGAAGCGAUGACUAUGACUCGAAGAAACGCAAACAGCGGGCUGGCGGAGAGCCUUGGGGUGCUAAGAAACCUAGACAUGACCUGCCUCCUUACCGAGUUCAUCUCACUCCCUAUACUGUGGACAGUCCCACCUGUGACUUCCUAGAACUGCAGCGACGUUACCGCAGCCUGUUGGUCCCCUCAGAUUUUCUUUCCGUUCACUUGAGCUGGCUGUCAGCCUUCCCUCUGGGCCAGCCCUUUUCCCUCCACCACCCGAGUCGGAUCCAGGUUUCUUCAGAGAAGGAGGCAGCUCCAGACACUGGUGCUGAGCCCAGCCCUGAAGACAGUGACCCCACUUACAGUUCCAAGGUGCUGCUGCUCUCCUCCCCGGGCCUGGAGGAGUUCUAUCGCUGCUGCAUGCUGUUUGUGGAUGACAUGGCUGAGCCCAGGGAGACACCAGAGCAUCCUCUGAAGCAGCUAAAGUUUUUGCUGGGCCGGAAAGAAGAAGAGGCAGUGCUGGUUGGGGGUGAGUGGUCUCCUUCCCUGGAUGGCCUCGACCCCCAGGCAGACCCGCAGGUGCUGGUGCGCACAGCCAUCCGCUGUGCGCAAGCCCAGACUGGCAUUGACUUGAGCACCUGCACCAAAUGGUGGCGCUUUGCAGAGUUUCAGUACUUGCAGCCGGGGCCACCCCGGCAAUUACACACAGUAGUGGUAUACCUGCCAGACGUGUGGACCAUCAUGCCCACUUUGGAGGAGUGGGAGGCACUGUGCCAACAGAAAGCCACAGAGGCAGCUUCCCAACCACAGGAGGCAUCAGGGGAAGCCGAGGCUACCGAACAGGCUCCUGAUGGGUCAGAGCAAGCAGACACUUCUAAACAGAACACAGAGACAACGGAGGCCACCACACAGCAAGAUGUGGACACUGAUCUCCCAGAGGCCCCUCCGCCUCCUCUAGAACCUGCUGUGAUAGCACGACCUGGCUGUGUCAACCUGUCUCUCUAUGGAAUUGUGGAGGACCGGAGGCCAAAAGAAAGGAUCUCUUUUGAGGUGGUAGUGCUGGCUGAGCUGUUUGUAGAGAUGCUACAGAGGGAUUUCGGCUAUAGAAUUUAUAAGAUGCUGCUGAGCCUUCCAGAAAAAGUUGUGUCUCCUCCUGAACCUGAGAAGGAGGAGGCAGCCAAGGAGGAGGCGGUCAAAGAGGAGGAGGCUGUCAGAGAGGAGGCAGAGAAGGUGUCCAAGGAUGAGGUACAGAAUGAGGGCACAGCUGGCGAGGCAGACAGCCCACUGAAGGAGGACGGACUUCUGUCCAAACAGCCCUCUUCAGGGGGAGAAGAGGAGGAGAAGGCCCGGGGUGAGGCAGCUGAGGACCUCUGUGAGAUGGCCUUGGAUGCAGACCUGCUGCUUCUGAGGGAUGAUGGAGAGGAGGAAUUUGCAGGAGCAAAGCUAGAGGAAACGGAGGUUCGUUCUGUUGCCUCAAACCAGUCGGAGAUGGAAUAUUCUUCUCUUCAGGACAUGCCUAAGGAGCUGGAUCCCUCUGCUGUGCUCCCCCUGGACUGCCUUCUGGCUUUUGUGUUUUUUGAUGCCAACUGGUGUGGCUACUUGCACAGGCGAGACCUGGAGAGGGUCCUUCUCACACUGGGGAUCCGGCUCAGUGCAGAGCAGGCCAAACAGCUGGUUAGUAGAGUGGUGGCCCAGAACCUCUGUCAGUACCGGAGCCUUCAGUACAGCCGUGCUGAGGUGCUGGAUGGCGGCCUUCCUGAAGACGUGCUCUUUGGAAACCUGGAUCUCCUGCCUCCUUCAGGAAAAAACAUGAAGCCAGGUGCUGCCCCCACAGAGCACAAAGGCCUGGUGCCCCACAAUGGUAGCCUCAUCAAUGUGGGAAGCCUGUUACAGCGUGCGGAACAGCAAGACAGUGGCCGCCUGUACCUGGAGAACAAGAUUCACACACUGGAACUGAAGCUGGAGGAGAGCCAUAACCGUUUCUCAGCCACUGAAGUGACGAAUAAGACACUGGCAGCAGAGAUGCAGGAGCUGCGGGCCCGGCUGGCCGAGGCGGAGGAGACAGCCCGGACAGCGGAACGGCAGAAGAGCCAGCUCCAGCGUCAGAUGCAGGACUUCCGCAGGCGCCUGACCCCACUGCACCUUGAGAUGCAGCGGAUUGUCGAAAAGGCUGACAGCUGGGUGGAGAAAGAGGAGCCAACGCCCAGCAACUGAGUGGCUGUCUAGUGAGGUGUGUGAUGGAGCCUGAUGACAUUAGAGCCCUUUUGGUACCAGACAGCAGUUGGAGCAGGGCCCGGGAGCCACAGCAGGGUGGCUUGAGUUCUGUGCUCAGCCUCUGCAGGGGACAUGAGACUGUCAGUAUGGGGUUUGUGCUAUGUGGAUGGAUGUGUAAGGAACCCCAGUUCCAGCUACAACUAAAUACAACAUCUUUUGCACCCCUAGAAUGUCAUUUUUGCCCUCAAUCUCGGAAUUUCUCCCAGGGCCCUUGUAGUCUUGUGCUGUCUCCUGUCCUCGUCCAUUUUAGAGCAAGACGGGAGGAAAGGCUUCUCGAGCCCAGAACAAGGUCUAAUGCCAAUAAAUGGGAGGAAUGGGCAGAGUCGAUGCAGCCAAGAAUGUCCGUCCUCUGGGUGGCACGAGUCCCGCAGGCUCCUGGGUCUGUUAGGUGACAGAGCCCAUUCGAGGAAGCACUUGGGGUUGGGUCAAGGUUGCCAGUAGAACACUGUGUCCCAGCUGCCCCACCUUGCCAGAAGAACCAGCACUUCUCUCUCUAGCUCUUAUGUUCAGAACGUGGUAUUGGCCCUGGCCCAGCCCUUUUCCAUCGCCCAUAAUUCUUGCCUCUUUCCAUAAUCCACGGUUUCAGUUUGACUUUGUAUAUAAAGUUGUUUGUUGGUAUUUUUUUUCUUUUUGUUUUUUAAAUAAACCAAAGUGAAAAAACAAA